AUGAAUAGUUAUUAAUAUGUCAAUGCUCUCUUUACAGUUCAGGUAACAAGGAAAGCAUUUCUUGCUGAUAAGGUUUAUUAGCUUUACUUAUUCCAGGAUGAAAUUGUUAUGACUGAAAACACAUUACGUUAACCCAAAUACGUAAUUAAAUUGAAUUUAACUACUACAAUUAAUUGGAUUGUUUAGGACAACAAAAUACAAGUAUUUUCAAUUGCUUAUCAAAAUACUGUUAAGGCUUUUCAUGCUCCUAAAUUGCAAAUUUUGAAAGAAAUGAUCGCAGGCAGAGUAUUUUAUACUUCAAUUACUGAAUUUUAUUAAAUUUAAAUGCUUAUAGGCCAUGGAAUGUCAGGAGAAGUUUAUAGAUGUAUCUCUAAUAGUGGUGAGUAUUUUGCUGUUAAAAAAUGUGAAAAGUUGAAAUUAGCAUCCUGUCAAGGAGGAAUUGUAAGUAUACUUCCAUUAUUCUAGCCUUAAUUAAUACAUGAACCCUCAUUACUGCAAUCUCUCUAACACCCAAACAUAGUAAAAUUAAAGGAGGUUUAUACUGAUUAAUAAUAUUAUUACAUUGUGACAGAAUUAAUCAAAGGCAGAGCAUUAAGCACAGAAUUGUAAUCUAGGCCAUAUGGAUUGAGUGUGGCUGAGGCUAUUAAGAUAAUGCUCUAAAUUCUAGAUGCUCUAAUCUAUAUAUCAGAAAGAGGAAUUAUGCACAGAGAUAUCAAUCCUCAUAACAUUAUGAAGUCAGAUACCAUUAAAUUAAUUGAUUUUGGAUUAUCGAGAAAGAUCAAAAAUUAGUUGAUCUUUCCAACUUCUGGAACUCCUGGAUACAUUGCACCAGAGGUUAUCAAUUUUAAUAAAGGCAAACUCUAUGAUGACAGAGCAGAUGUCUAUAGUUUGGGAUGUGUUCUUUACAAAUUGAGAGAAUCUCUUUCUUAAACAAAAAACAUUUUCUAAGAAAAUAAGGAGGGCGUCUAUGAAUUAAGAAAAAAUUAGGCACACCCUGAAGUUAGCAGCAUUAAAAUGGAAUAAUUAUUUGUUUUAUUACCUUAUAUGUUAGAGAAUGAUCCUAAUAACAGAAUGAUAGCUAAAGUAGGUAAAAUUGUAAUUUAAGAGAUUGAAAAUAAUAAUUAAUAAAUCGAAAACUAAUUAAGAAACUUGUGA